UGAAGGGGAAGUUUUAAAAUCGGCACCGUUGCAAAAAUUCGCAGAUCAACUUUUAUUCUGAAUUGUUAUUGGAAAUGAUAUGAUUUGUGACUGAAAAGAAACGAUAGACACACGCGCAGUCAAGCACAAGUUAAAGUAUCGGUGACUGCCUUGAUUGUCUUCACUUCCUGGUACUGUGUAAUUAGGUUUCUUGUGACCUUAUUUAAACUGCUGUUUAAAAUCGCUGGUAUUGGAUCUUAAUUAUACUUUGUGUUGGAUUUAAAUCAACAAGGAUCGACUUAUAUGAAAGUGGUUUAACAAGAUAAAGAUGUAAUGUAAAGAAAACACGAAACAGUUUGCUAGCAAGAUGGGUCCUCCGAAAAGAAGCACGGAUGAUUUAGCGAGCUUACCGGAUCUAGAUGAUACCAUCUUGUUAGAGGAGCUACAUUAUAGAUACAGGCGUGACCUGAUUUAUACAUAUAUUGGAGAUAUCCUGGUGUCCAUAAAUCCAUACAAAUCACUUACUGGGCUUUACGGAGAAGAGUUGGGACAUAGGUAUGGGAAAGCCAAGACACUUAGUGAAUUGUUACCACACGUGUAUGCUUUGGGAUCACGUGCCUACCAUAAUGUACAGAGAGAACAGGGGAACCAGUGUUUACUGGUUAGUGGAGAAUCUGGCGCAGGUAAAACUGAAAUUACGAAGAUGUUGGUAGCACAAGUUGCCAGGUUGUCACAGUGGAGUGGGGACUACUUUCUGCAGGAGAGAAUUAUUGAGGUAAAUCCCUUACUGGAAGCGUUUGGUAAUGCAUGCACUGUGAUGAACAACAACUCAAGUAGAUUCGGUAAACUGAUUGAGCUCAUUUUCUCAGACAAAGGAAGUCUGCUAGGAGCAACUAUAACAGAACAUAUGUUAGAGAAAAGUCGCGUGGUGAGACAAGGACCGGGAGAGAAAAAUUUCCACAUCUUUUAUAACCUCAUGUGCGGGUUCACAACGGAGGAAAGACAACGAUACUUUCUGGAUAAACCUGAAAAAUACAGGAUAAUAGAUCCAGGUCAUGGUGCCCCUGUGAUAGCCAAUGAGAUAGAUUAUGCCGGGUACCAGGAAGGAAUGGACAAUAUUAGAAGAAUUAUGCCGAUUGUCGGCUUCACUAAUCAGGAUAUGGAUGUAGUAUUUGCAUUGCUAGCAGCCAUUCUUCACCUGUGUAACAUAGAGAUGGCAGUUGAACCAGAAUCCGAGCAGGUUAUGGUCAUGAACGAGGAGGAAAUUGACUUUGCUGCCACGUUGCUGUCAGUGAAGGCAGAAGAUCUUAUAACUGUUCUCAUGGCAAAUAUUAACUGGGUUAGAGGAGAACGUAUAGUGUAUAUAAAGAGCCUGAACCAAGCAGUAGAUGGUCGGGAUGCCUUGGCUAAGGCUCUCUACAGUAAGCUCUUCUCCUGGAUUGUACAACAAGUUAACUUCAUGUUACACGAAGAUGAACAAAGAGAAGGUAAGAGGUACAGCAUUGGUAUCCUGGACAUGGCGGGGUUUGAACACUUCCAGGAGAACAGUUUUGAGCAGCUGUGUAUUAAUGCAGCUAAUGAGAGACUGCAGCACUAUUUCAACGAACAUAUCUUCUCCCUGGAGUUACAGGAAUAUCACGCCGAGGGCAUCAAACAACCAAAGAUAAAGUUUUCCAACAACGACGAGCUCCUUAACAUGCUCUUCCAGAAACCUUUGGGUUUAUUUUCCCUCCUUGAAGAAGAGUGUAUGCUGGCUAAAACAACAGACAUGACAUUUGUUGACAAACUGAAUAAACAGUUAUCGAAGCCAGACCUAUACAAGAAAUCUAAACACAGAGAACCAAUGUUUGGAAUUGUUCACUAUGCUGGUUUGGUUACUUAUACAGCAGUUGGAUUCUUGGACAAGAAUCGUGACACUUUGUCCUCCAACAUGCAAAGUUUGAUGGAAAACAGCCAAAACAGCUUGGUGAAUGAAUUGUUUUUAGCGAAAGUGCUCAACACUGGUACACUAGACAUGAGACAUGGUUCGGGGAAAAGCAAGUGGCAGAGACCGACGUUUAACCAGCCCACGAAGAGACAGUUUGCUCCAGGUGACAGUCUGUCUCGACAGGCUGGCAGGAAAAUCAGGCAGAAAAUGAAGGAACAGAAAUCAUUUCAGGAUAUUCCAUUUACACCUAACCCCAACUCAGCCAGUGCUCAUUUCAAGAAUUCUCUGCAGUUACUGGUUGACAGACUGAAAGAAUGUGAACCACAGUUUAUAAGAUGUAUAAAGCCAAAUCAUCAGAAAUUGCCGAACAACUUUGAUACACGAUUGGUCUCGGAUCAGCUUAAGAGUACGGGUGUACUGGAAACCACGAAAAUAAGGAAGCUCGGCUAUGCCGUAAGAUUGCCAUUUGAUGUGUUCAUGAAAAGAUACCAGUUUAUAGCAUUCCCAAGUACAGCAUCUAUAGAACCAAGUUCCAGAAGUUGUUCUGCAAUAAUCAGGUGUGCCAAAUUACCCGAUGUCCAGAUCGGAAUUUCCAAAGUGUUCCUUAAGUAUUGGCAAAGUGACCACCUUAACGCCAUACUUGACAAUCUGAUGGCGCGAAUUGUACGCGUGCAGUCACAUAUACGAUCAUAUCUCGAUCGUAGAAGAUUCCUGUAUCAUUCGCGCAUGUCGAAGCAAGAUGCCGACGAGGUGAGGAUGUUGUCUGAAUAUAUCGAUCACCAAGGAGACCAAGUCUUCCAGAUGAUGAUGUCACAGAAUGAUCAUGAUGUUGCCAGGGCAACCAGAGCCAGAUAUAGCAGAGAAAUGGCUCAGUCACCGAGCAGUAGUAACUAUGGCAACAGCAGAGAUUCUCAGAGACUGCCAGACGUGUUCUCACCCAGUCCUGAAGUUCAAGGCGGAACUGAGGGUUUCUAUAAGGUAAGGCGUCUCAGGAAGUUACGUUAGCGCGUAAGGCUUUGU